UUCUUUUCUAGGUUUUUCGUUGGAAUAUACGUUGCACAUUUAUGGCGAUUCUGAGUGUGAGGGCAGACUUCUGCCAGGCUCAGCACAGCACUCUUGCUGACAAGUGAGCUUGGAGGUUCUAUGUGCCAUAAUUACAUUGCCUUGAAGAAUCUGGACACCGAGACUGGCCUCAGAAAUAGUUGGCUUUUUGUUUUAAUUGAAAGCAAAUUUCUUUUAAUGACUCCAGUAAAAUUAAAUAUCAAGUAAACAAAAGUGGAAAACAAACUACACUUUUAACUUGUCUCACUAGUGCCUACAUGUAGUAAAGGCUGCUUAAGUUUUUGUAGUUGGAUCGUUUUUUUUUGGAGUCGGAGGUAUCCGUCUGCAGACAUUGAGGCCCAAGUUGAAUUUGGAUUCAAGUGGAUGCUAAACACUUCUGCCUAUCUUGAAGAAAGAAGCUUCAUAAGGAAUAAACAAGUCGAAUAGAGAAAAUACUGGUCAAUAAUAGGCAUUUUAGUGGUCUUUUUAAUGUUUUCUGCUGUGAAACAUUUCAAGAUUUAUUGAUUCCCCCACUCCCACCCCAUUUUUCCCCUUUACACUCACACAAGCACGCUCACACUUUUUAUUUGCCAUAAUGAACCGUCCAGCCCCUGUGGAGAUCUCCUAUGAGAAUAUGCGCUUUCUGAUAACUCACAAUCCUACCAAUGCUACUCUCAACAAGUUCACAGAGGAACUUAAGAAGUAUGGAGUGACAACUUUGGUUCGAGUUUGUGAUGCUACAUAUGAUAAAGCUCCAGUUGAAAAAGAAGGAAUCCACGUUCUAGAUUGGCCAUUUGACGAUGGAGCUCCACCCCCUAAUCAGAUAGUAGAUGAUUGGCUGAACCUGUUAAAAACCAAAUUUCGUGAAGAGCCAGGUUGCUGUGUUGCAGUGCAUUGUGUUGCAGGAUUGGGAAGGGCACCUGUGCUGGUUGCACUUGCUUUGAUUGAAUGUGGAAUGAAGUAUGAAGAUGCUGUUCAGUUUAUAAGACAAAAAAGAAGGGGAGCAUUCAAUUCCAAACAGCUGCUUUACUUGGAGAAAUACCGACCUAAGAUGCGAUUACGCUUCAGAGAUACCAAUGGGCAUUGCUGCAUUCAAUAGGAAGAGACAAAGGCUUACUUGAUUGUGUCAUUUAGAGGAAACUCUUGGUACCUGGAAAUGUGAAUCUGGAAUCUUACCUGUGUCAUCAAAGUAGUAGUGAUGGAUUCAGUAUUCCUCAACUUCUAAUGAUUGGGGGAAAAAAAACCCAAAAAGGUCCCUCUAUAACAUGAAUAAAAUAUUUGAGAAAGGAAAAGGAUUAAUUCCAUGAAGGGUGAUUUAGCUCCGAGUUUUGGAGUUUUAAUUUCUGCCAGGAUAGAAUGAUUUCAUAAUCUCCUUUUUUAACUUUUUCAAAAUUGUCUCUAAGGAAAACCAGCAAAAUAUUAACCUGUGCAGAACCAUCUGUUUGGGGAGCACAUUCUUCCAUUAUGCUUGGCACAUAGACCUUGAGGAUUUGUGGGGUAAGGAGUAUAUUUUUCCCCUUUUUUCUCCCAUCUCCUGCCCCCUGCCUUCCCUUGGUAAACAUUGUAAAUGGUAUAGAAGCCCUUGUUGCUGUAGAUGUGCGUGCAGUCUGGCAGCCUUAAGCCCACCUGGGCACUUUUAGGGAGGGAAAAAAAAGCACCAGGAAAAAAAAAAAAAGAACAGUUGCAGAUGCACAUAUAUAUAUGACCCAGGUGGUUUUUAGUCUUUACUGAUGAUGGGGUGUUCAUAGUUUCUUUUCUUCAAAGCCCCAAUCUAACAUUAGGCAAAGUAGCCAGGA